ACGCGGGCGCAUCUCAUUAGCGGCGCGCGCGGUCGCUAGGUGCCGGCGCGGCGGCCAGAGCGAAGCAGGUGCCGGAGAUGGCGGGUCGCGCCGAGCCCAGCGGCCCCGCGGCGUGCGGCGGCGCCCCGGGCCUCCUCCCGCUCCUCCUGCUGCUCCUCUCCGCCGCCGCCAUCAUCCCCAGAGGUGAUGGUCAGAACUUGGUUACCGAAGACGUGACAGUGGUGGAGGGAGAUGUGGCCACCAUCAGCUGCCGGGUGAAGAACAGCGAUGACUCGGUGAUCCAGCUCCUGAACCCCAACAGACAGACGAUUUACUUCAGAGAUUUCAGACCGCUGAAGGACAGCAGGUUCCAGCUGGUGAACUUCUCCAACAGCGAGCUCCGAGUCUCCUUGACAAACGUCUCCAUUUCUGAUGAAGGAAGGUACUUCUGCCAGCUCUACACCGAUCCCCCCCAGGAAAUUUAUACCACGAUUACCGUGCUCGUCCCGCCACGCAAUUUGGUAAUUGAUAUCCAGAAGGAAAUCGCCGUGGAGGGUGAAGAGAUUGAACUGAACUGCACCGCCAUGGCCAGCAGACCAGCCACCACCAUCAGAUGGUUCAAAGGAAACAAGGAGCUGACUGGCAAGUCUGAAGUGGAGCAGUGGUCCGACAUGUACACGGUAACCAGUCGGCUGGUGCUGAAGGUGGGACGGGAGGACGACGGGGUCCCCGUCAUCUGCUUGGUGGAUCACCCCGCGGUCAAAGACUUGCAGACGCAGCGUUACCUAGAAGUCAUGUAUAAGCCUCAAGUGCGGGUUUCUCAGAAUUACCCGGUGCAAGGCCUCACGAGAGAAGGGGAGCCGCUGGAACUGACGUGCGCAGCUUUUGGAAAGCCACAGCCUACGGACAUGAGGUGGUUAAGAGUAGAUGAUGAGAUGCCUCAACACGUUGUAGUGUCUGGUUCAAACCUUCUCAUUAGUAACCUAAACAAAACAGAUAAUGGUACAUACCGCUGUGAGGCUUCAAACGCGGUGGGGAAAUCACAUGCGGAUUACAUGCUGUUUGUAUACGAUCCCCCCACAACUAUCCCUCCUCCCACAACAACCACCACCACUACCACCACCAUCCCUACCACCAUCACAGACACAACGGCGACGACAGAACCGGCAGUUCACGGCUUUACUCAGUUGCCCAAUUCGGCAGAGGAGCUGGACUAUGGGGAUCUCUCAGGUACUCCCGUCCCGCUAAACGCUUCGACGGAGGCUCUGCCAACUGUGCAAUUAAGUAACACGUCCCUUCCCUUCCGCCCAGAUUCUCGCGCAGGUGAGGAAGGGGCGAUACGGAGCGUGGACCACGCGGUGGUUGGUGGCGUCGUGGCUGUGGUCGUGUUCGCGAUGCUUUGCCUGCUCAUCAUUUUAGGGCGAUAUUUUGCCAGACAUAAAGGUACAUACUUCACUCACGAAGCCAAAGGAGCAGAUGAUGCAGCCGACGCAGACACAGCCAUCAUCAAUGCAGAAGGAGGACAAAACAACUCUGAAGAAAAGAAAGAGUACUUCAUCUAGAGCAGCCUUGGUUUCUAUGAGGUGUCCAACCGUCGACGGUUACUACUGGCCCUAUUUAAACGCUUAGAGAGACAGUGAUAUUGGAAGUUGCAACCAGCUUGUGUCUUUUUCUUUCUUUCUUUUUUUUUUUUCCUUUUUUUAAAGAAAAACAAAAAAAAAAGGCAGAUGGGUGGAGAGCCGUGAGGCUGGGAGGGUCCGGGAUUUGCCGUGUAAAAAUAUUCCUCGUAAAGUACACUCUGCUGUUCGACACCUCAGUUUCUUUGGGUUUUCUUUCUUUUGGCCAAGUCCGGCUUGGAUUUAGUUUAGUGAAGUCAUUCGCAGAAGA